AUGGCUGAUGUUAAGUCACUUUUAAAAGAAGCGAGAAAAUUGAUAGAUGAUAAAAAUUUUAAAGAAGCCCAGGAAUGUUGUAAGAACAUAUUGCGAAAAGACAAAAACAAUUAUUUAGGUUUGGUGCUGCUGGGAAAAUCAUUAGCAGAAUCUGAUCAGGCUCCAUUGGCUUUUCAAAAAGCUAUAUCUAGUAAACCAGAUCAUCCUUUAGCAUGGCAAGGUCUAGCGAAUUAUUAUGAAAAAAAGGCAGAUGAAUCAGCUAUAAAAAAACUUCUAGCAGUAUAUGAUGAAAUGCUGAAAUUGGAAAUAGAUCAGGAGAAAGCAUUAGAAAUUGUUUCCAAAGUUGGUCAACUUGGCUGGGUACAUAAAGAUAACUUAGCAAUUAGCAUUCUAGUUAACUAUAUGAACAGAAAGACUGACAUGUAUUCAGUUGCUGAAAAAGAAUUAUUAGGUAUAUUGAAAGCUGGUGUUACAUGUAAAGAGGAAGAUGUUUCAAAUGUUGUCAAUAUUAUAAGCAAAAUAAUUGAUAGAGAACCAAGUGACUCUUUACAUAUUUUGCGAGGAAAAGUAAUUUUACAAAAACAUGAAUUUGAAACCGCCAUGAAAGAGGUUAUGGAAUUGCCUUAUUUUACUUCGGGUGUAGUAUUUCGCGAUUGGCUCUGCAAAUACCUAUGUACAUAUUAUAUUCAAAAUAACUCAUUCAAUUUUGAUUUAGAAAAAUAUUUCAAUGAAAUAACAUUGGGAAUUGAAAAUUCAAAGUAUCCUGGACUCUUAAAAAGUAUGAUUCUUUUUGACAAGCAAUUAUAUCUGGAGGCUUACAAACAAUGUGUUCCGCUUGUGAAUUACAAUGAAGCUGAUGUGACUGAAGUAACAUUUAUCAUUAAGUGUACCUUUAUGUUGAAGAAAUGGUCUGUAUCCCAAAAACUUUCUACAAACUUCUUGAUGAAGGUAAAAGAUAGUGAUUUUGCAAUCACAUUAAAGAAAUUUUUGUUUUUAUCAUUGGUAGAACAACAAAAAUGGAAGCAUGCGAUUUCAGUGUCAAGAGAAAUCCCUUUUGAAUCUUUGGAUUUAAGUGAGCAAGCGGCUCUCGCAAAAUGUUACCUUGAAAAUAAUGAAGAAAUGGAUAAUCACUUGAAAAAGAAUCUUGAGACUACUGACUACUUUACACAGCUGGAAGCCCUGGCAUUAAUAAAACUAGAGAAGUACAAUGAAGCCAUUUCAUUGUUAGAGAAAAAAUCUGAAGAUCCUUUGAGUUUCUUCUAUAUAGGCAAAGCAUAUUGGGAAUUAAAAGAAUAUGAAAAAUCUCAAAUAAACCUUUUAAAAGCUGCAAAAUUGAAUGCUGAUCAUACAGAAACAUUUUUGUAUUUAGGGAUGUUCUAUCAAAAACACAAGAAUGAUUUUGCAAAGGCGAAAAAAUGUUAUGAAAAAGCUUAUAGUUUGGACAGCACAAACAUUGAUGUUAUUAAAAAUCUAAGUGAUAUUUACAUAGAAUUGGAACUAAAAGAUGCAGAUUUUGAAUUAUUGUUGAAAUCUAGUCAGUCUGUACAGACAGAAUUUGAGUGGAUAACUUUUCGUCUCGGCUUACAUUAUAUAAAUAAAAGAGAUUGGGAGAAUGCAAUUUUACAAUUUCGUCAUGUGAUCAAACAUAAUCACAAAAAUGUUAUAGCGUUUGAAUGUCUGGCUGAUGCAUAUUAUUCGAGGGGAUCAUUUACAUCUGCAUUAAAAGCUUAUAAUAAAGUAAUGUCUCUCAAUCCUAACAAAGCCCUACAUUGCCUUACAAGAAUUGGUUACAUUCACUCUCUUUUAAGACAAUAUGAUGAGGCAAUCUCAACAUUUAAAAGAGUUUUUGAAAUAGACCCUUUUUCACUAUUAGCAUUAAAGGGAAUUGCUGAAACAUGGAUGAGAAUAGCUAGAAAGAAAUAUACUGCCAAAUUGUAUGGCAGUGCAAGGGACACAGCACAAACUGCAAUCAACUAUUUGAUCAUUGCUCUAUCAAAAGAGACAAAAUUUACCUGCUUCUGGAAUUUAAUGGCUGAUGCAUUAAUAUUUAUUACAAGAUUGCCUAAUAAAUAUAGUUACGUUUAUAUAACAGAAACUUUUGGUAAAGGAAAUGAAGACAUUGUAAGGAAGGAUAAAUCUCAUAUUUAUCCCCAAGCUCUUGCUUGUUUGUCCAGAAUAGCCAAACAAAAAUUGCAACUUACGUCAUACGAUUUAGCUGCUACAUAUCUUGAUUAUUAUGUUGACUCUCAAAAUAUAGUAAAUUGUCAAAUAGCAUUUAAAUUGACUGUUGCUUGUAUCAAAGAUAAACCUUCGUCUUGGCGUAAUUGGAAUUUACUGGGAAAAGUAUGCUAUUUUAUGAAGAAGUAUGUUUUUGCACAGCACUGCUUUAUUAAAGCUUUGUUAGUAACACGAAAAUGGUCAAUAGCACAAAUAUGGUGUAAUCUUGGCACAUUGUAUAUAAAAUUAAAACUUUAUAAAUUGGCAAACUACUGUUUCUGGCGUGGUCAGUCCACUUUACCAUCACACCCUCAUAGCUGGAUUGGGCAAGGAUUAAUAGCAGAAGUUAUUCGCGAAGAAGAAGCUAUGGAUCUGUUCAGACAUGCGUGUCGACUUGGAUACCACCCAGAAAGUUCACUAGGAUAUGCAGAUUGGGUUUGUCGUACAUUGAAAAACGACAAGUACCAAUAUAGCACAGAAUUAAAAUAUGUAAUUGAUGGUCUAUCUGCCAUACCGUAUGCCAUGGAUUUACUGAGGUGGUUUUCGACGUUUGAGCCUGAUAAUUCUUGUGCUUCAAAUAUACUGGGCAUUUUACAUGAAAGAAGCGGAUUACUUAACAGUGCUUUAAAUUAUUACCAAAAAGCUUUAGAAGAUGCAGAGGAAUGUAAUAAAAAUAUGAUCCUCUUAAAUAUUGGUAGAAUAUACAUCAGACUUAUGAAAUAUGAUGAAGCUAUAAAGACUUAUAAGUCCAUAACCGAAGCCAGUCUCAACUCCACUUGUGGAUUAGCUCUUGCUCUUUUCAAGAACGGUCUUUAUGAGGAAUCCUAUUCAGCUUAUGAUACUGCUCUGCAUUGGCUUAGUAAUGAUGAUGAUGAGAAAGCCGAUUUACUUGUUGCCAUGUCAGGAAUUGUUUAUAUGUUCAAAGGCCUCGACGACGCAAAAACAUUAUUGUUCCAUAGUAUACAAGUUUCCCAAAAGAAACCCACUGCAUAUAGCUUAUUUGCCAUUUGUUCUUUAGGUAUUAUACACUCUGAUCAAGGAUUAUCCAAGCUAGCUUUAAGUGAAUUAAAGAAGUAUGAAAAGGAUAAUAAUUUUGGAUUUGAUAUAGGUUUUCUCAAAUCUUACCUCUUUGUAAAUGAAGACUUAAAUCAAGCUAUAAAAAUUUUAAGUGAUUCUCUUCACGACCAUCCAAACAAUACAAAGUUAUGGUUCUGUUUAGCUCAAUAUUGCCUGCAGGAGUCAGAUACGAAAGCAAGGUUGGCCAGUUGUUGCGCCCAAAGAUCCUUAGCGUCAAAUUACGAAAAUAAUAUCAGUUCUGCUAAAAUGCUUGCUACUGCCAGCAUAGCCGAACAUGUCGGAGGUGAUAAGAAAAAAGCUUCACUUUUAGCAAAACAGGGACUCCACACGCAUCCUGACCAACCAGAAGUUUGGGCGGCACUAUUGUUAUCAAUCGUUACAAAUAAAAUGUGGCAAGAAAAACGUCUAUGGAUAACAUCAGCUACAGGACAUAUGAGAAAAAACCUUAAUAUAACAAGAGGUCUUGCAAGGUGGAUAAAUUUGUUAGAUAAGAAAAUCAGCACCCAAGUAAAUUAA